AUGGGAUUGUUGUCCGUUAUUCGCAAGACAAAGCGAAAAGAGCGCGAAAUGCGCAUUCUAAUGCUCGGGCUAGACAAUGCGGGAAAGACGACGUGCGUCAAAAAAUUCUGCGGGAAGGAUACAAGUUCCAUUAGCCCCACACUGGGUUUCCAGAUCACCGCUUUCUCUCUCCACGGCUGUAUUUUAAACAUUUGGGAUGUUGGAGGCCAGCAGUCACUGCGAAGUUACUGGCGAAACUACUUUGAGAGCACUGAUGGCUUGAUCUGGGUAGUGGACAGCAAUGAUGUUGCGCGUCUUGAAGACUGCAGGCGGGAGCUUCACACGCUGCUUCAAGAGGAGCGACUGGCCGGUGCCAACCUCUUGGUUUUUUUAAACAAACAGGACUUACCCACAGCACUUUCCCCUACAGAGAUCGAGCGCCAUCUAGACGUUGAAUCCAUUAGAAGGGGCAAACGGCACGUCCAGCUGUGCGCGUGUAGUGCCAAGACUGGUGGCGGACUGCUAGAUGGGAUGGAGUGGAUCGUGCGGGACGUCUCCAGUAGGAUGUACUUUGCGAGCUGA